GGGCACUGGAGAGGGGUGAGGCCGACCAUGCCUGCCCUGCGGCUGCUCUUCACGGCUGCUCUGCUCUCCAGCUGGGCGCAGCUUCUCGCAGAAGCCAACUCCUGGUGGUCACUAGCUAUGAACCCGGUGCAGAGACCCGAGAUGUUCAUCAUUGGUGCCCAGCCUGUGUGUAGUCAGCUUCCUGGACUUUCCCCUGGCCAGAGAAAGCUGUGCCAAUUGUACCAGGAGCACAUGGCCUACAUAGGGGAGGGAGCCAAGACGGGUAUCAAGGAGUGCCAGUACCAAUUUCGGCAGAGGCGGUGGAACUGCAGCACCGUGGACAACACGUCUGUCUUUGGAAGAGUCAUGCAAAUAGGUAGCCGAGAGACCGCCUUCACCUAUGCAGUGAGUGCCGCGGGGGUGGUCAAUGCCAUCAGUCGGGCUUGCCGCGAGGGGGAGCUAUCUACAUGCGGCUGCAGCCGGACAGCGCGGCCCAAGGAUCUGCCCCGGGACUGGCUGUGGGGUGGCUGUGGGGACAAUGUGGAGUACGGCUACCGCUUUGCUAAGGAGUUUGUGGAUGCCCGGGAGCGGGAGAAGAACUUUGCCAAGGGAUCAGAGGAGCAAGGACGAGUGCUUAUGAACCUGCAGAACAACGAGGCAGGCCGGAGGGCUGUGUAUAAGAUGGCAGACGUAGCCUGCAAAUGCCAUGGCGUUUCAGGGUCCUGCAGCCUCAAGACCUGCUGGCUCCAGCUGGCCGAGUUCCGCAAGGUGGGGGACCAGCUGAAGGAGAAAUACGACAGCGCUGCCGCCAUGCGCAUCACCCGCAAAGGCAAGCUGGAGCUGGUCAACAGCCGUUUCAACCAGCCCACGCCGGAGGACCUGGUCUACGUGGAUCCCAGCCCUGACUACUGCCUGCGCAACGAGACCACAGGCUCCCUAGGCACCCAGGGUCGCCUCUGCAACAAGACCUCGGAGGGCAUGGAUGGCUGUGAGCUCAUGUGCUGCGGCCGGGGCUAUGACCAGUUCAAGAGUGUCCAGGUGGAGCGCUGCCACUGCAAGUUCCACUGGUGCUGUUUCGUCAAGUGCAAAAAGUGCACCGAGAUCGUCGACCAGUAUGUCUGUAAAUAGCCGGAGAGGGCCCCUCUCUUCUGGCCCUCUCCUCUCCUCUGCCUCACAAAAGUCUAUAUUAUAUAAAUCUAUAUAAAUAUAUUUUAUAUUUGUAUAAAUAAAUAGAUGGAUGAUAAAUAAUUAAAAGAAGAAAACAGAAAGGAAAAGUUUAUUUAAGAGACGCUGGAGAUCUUUGAGGACUGGACUUUGCUGGUUCUCGACUCCCAGUGGGUGGGAAGGGCUUCUUUCUCUCCCUCUGGUGGAGACGCUCAGGUUGUAAGGACUUGGAAAUAUUUACUGUCUACCCAUCAUUGCCUUGAGGAGAGAGGUGGUGGUUAGACGGAGAAGAUGAUUUUGUCUGGAAGUCUGGAGUCUUUGGUGGGUAUGUGACUGCUGCAUGACCCCAGGCAUUAGGUCAAGAAACCCCAUGGAAGGUGGCAGAAACUCAGUUUGGACCUUGAUGUCUUCAGGGUCUUGCGCCAGAAUACCAACUGGUUCAGUAAGAGGCCCAGUGCUUUCUUACCCUUUCACCCGUGUAUAUAUUUGCAUAAUCCACUGUGACAGCAAUGGCUCCUUUCCCAAAAUGAGGAGCAGUCCGGUGUCAUCUCUGACCAGGUGGCCACACCUGAGGAUCCACACCUCCCUGGACUCCCAGGCUUGUCUUUCCAGCAAGAAGUCUUCUUCUUCCACACUUCACUAGCUCCUGCCACAAGUUCCCUGCACCAAGGGGCAAGGGGGUCAUUUGACCUGAUGUUUUAGGAAGGACAUGGACUGAAUAUUUGUGCCUGGGCUGCAGAAAUCCAGGUACAUAACUGAACUGAGUGAACAUUGCACUGUCCUCCCACACAGGGAGAGGAAACUUGUGAUGCUGCUGCUGUCACUUCCUCCUUCAAGGGAGGCCUCACAAACCAACAGGAUGUGUUGCUAGGUCAGAUGCAGCUGGCCUGGCUCGGUCUCUUUAUCUCUGCCCCAGAUGUACAGUUUCUCUAUGUCAUUAAAUACCCUUCACUGAGGCUUCUCUCCUUGUCCUUAUUUGGAACAUGAUUAUCUUUCAUGAGUCUCCUUUUACUUUUUAUCUGCCCCUUAGAGCCCUGCUACAUGGUACAUGUAUGAAAGAGAAGAAGGAAAUUGAGACGUUUUAGAGUUCUAGUCUGGUGAUUAGGGAGAGGGACAGGAGAAUAUGAUGAAAAUUAAGUAAGAUAAUACAUUGAAGCCCUCUCCCCAAGGCCUGGCACAAAGUUAAAUAAU